AUGGAAAAGAUGGACAGCCCAUCACAAAGAGGCAUCAACGCACUCCAACAGUUCUACGGCAAUCGGAAAUCAUUACGAUGGGUCGUCUUCCUAGUGAUAGCCGCCCUGUCCACCCUGUAUUUUACCGGGCAAAGUUAUACACCGACCGUGGGACAACACAGAACGAGUAAAACAAAGGCGAGAUAUCUCUCACCCAAGCAGCUACUAGAAAGACCCAUAUCCAAAGACCUCCAGACGAUACCCAAGCUCUUCCACCAGAGUUGGUCCUCGACGGAACUGCCGGCGAAAAUGGAACGAUGGAGUGCAACGUGUAGAAGAGCGCACCCAGACUGGGAGUGGGUGCUGUGGACGGACAAGGAUAACGAAGAGCUGGUCAAACAAUACUUCCCGUGGCUGUUGAAGACGUACAAGGCCUUGCCGGGCGUGAUCUAUCGGGCUGACCUGGUGCGGAAUUUAUACAUGCAUAUGUUCGGAGGUGUGUACGCCGAUCUCGACGUCGAAUGCCUCCUCCCUUCGGACGAACUCUUCAAGUCGUACAACGUUUCAACAGUGUCCCACGCAAAACCUCGUCCGCUGACGACACACGACAUGCACAAGAGCGGGCGGAAAGCCUUCUUCGGACGAAUGGGCACGGACAACGACUUCGACAACUCGAUCCCCAACGCCUGGAUGGCAUCGACACCGGGACAUCCGUUCUUCCUGCUGCUGGUCGAAUCGGUCAUGAAAGAAGUCUCGGACGGGCCCGAACACUGGUCCGCCGAAGCCGUCACAGGGCCGGCAAAACUCUACUACACCUACGGUGAAUACAGCUCGCCCGAGGGCAAAUACCUCGGCGACGCGCUCGACAAGCACGUCGCCAAGAUCCCUGCCGCGAAGCAGUUCACCCCGCGCAAAGGCCUCGGCCAUUCCGUCGAAGUCCUGCCCUUCCAGUACAUCUACCCGUACUCGUGGCAGCGAGACGGUGAGGCGUUCCGUUCCGUCUGCUGGGCCACGCAGAAGACGUUCAAUGCUACCAAGUGUAAGCUGUUGUUGGCGACCGAUCACUGGCCGAGUUACACCAUCACUUACUGGAGCCACACCUGGACGGGUGAUGGUCACGACGAGGGAAAUCUGGCUCAGCUUGAUCGUUAA